AUGGGAUUUGGUUAUGACCGUGUUAGAGAUGAUUAUAAAGUGAUUCGGAAUGCAAUGGAAUGGAUUCGAUGUGGCAUAGAAGAUACUGAAUCAAAUGAAUCCAUAUGGGAACUGUAUAGCCUAAGAACGGACUCUUGGAGGAAACUUGAUGUAGAUAUUCCUCUUGGUUCUGUUACUUUGGGUGCCACAUUGCACACAAAUGGAGUGUGUCAUUGGUGGAAUAGAGAUGAAGAUUGUUUGGUCUCAUUUGACUUGAGUUGUGAGGUGUUCUACAAAACACCUUUACCAUUACAAGUGGAUGGUAAUUUCUAUUGUGAAUCUAAAGAUAAACGAUUUAUGACAUUAAAUGGGUACGUUGCUUUUAUUACAACUUAUGCUACGAAUUAUGGAAGUAUAACAUCUACUCUUUACAUAUCAAUUUUGGGUGAAUAUGGUAUGAAGGAGUCGUGGACUAAACUCUUCAUUGUUGAGUCAUUACCUAGUUAUAUUGAUCGUCCUAUUGGAGCAGGAAACAAAGGUGAAAUAUUUUUUAGAACAAAAUACAAAGAACUAGUUCAGUUUGAUUUGAAUACCCAGAAGAUAGAGAAGCUUCUUAUUAAUGAUCUUUUACAUACUUUUCAAAUACUCCUUUAUAAGAAAAUCUUUCUUUUUAUCAAGGACUAA